AUGCAGUGGGUCACUCUUGCAGUGGCCCUGGGGUGUGUGUGUCUGUCCCGGGCAUCGCACACCCCAACCCCUACCCCAACCUCCACACACACCCCUCUGGUGGACAACUCUGAGGAGGAAGUGGACGAGCCGUGUUUUGAACCGUGCACGUGCGAGGUCAAAGAAGGCGUGCUGCACGUGCACUGCGACAGGCGGGGCUUCACUAAUGUCAGCCAGGUGUCACAGUCAUGGGUCCGCCCUUUCAAACUCAACCUCCAGAGGAACUCUCUGAGGCGUCUCUAUAGCAACGGGUUUCAGCACCUUGGCAACGCAGUGUCCAUAAACCUUGGCAACAAUGCACUCCAGGACAUCCGAGUGGGAGCUUUCAAUGGGCUGGCCAAACUGAGACGCCUGUACCUCCAUGAGAACAAGCUGGAGGUCUUCAGAAAUGAUACCUUCACUGGCUUAGAGGCUCUGGAAUACCUCCAGGCUGACUACAACGUGAUCAAACGAAUAGACAGCGGUGCUCUUAGGUUCCUCUACAAGCUCCGGGUUCUCAUCUUAAACGACAACCUGAUCCCUGUCUUGCCUGCUCAUCUGUUCAGAUCUGUGUCUCUGACUCAUCUGGACCUGCGGGGAAACCGUCUGAAGAGCCUUGCAUAUGCCGGGACCCUGGAGUAUGUUGGUCGCUCCCUGAUGGAGAUACAGCUGGAGGAGAAUCCCUGGAACUGUGGCUGUGAGGCAGUGCAGCUACAACAGUGGCUGGGUCAGAUACCCUACACCGCUGUUGUCGGUGAUGUUACUUGUGAAUAUCCUUUCCAUCUUCAUGGCAAAGACUUGAGGGAAAUCCCCCGCAAGGAGCUGUGUGCUGACCUCCCGGAUAAAGACUUACAAGCAGAAGGGGGUGGCCCAUCAGGGGGGUCACAGCCCCAACAUUUUCCUCCUAAUGCUAAGCCUAACUCCCACCCUGGGCGUGUCAGACCAACUAAACCCUCCUCCAUGGUCCACGGCUCCCGCCAGAAUACUCAUACCUCCUCCACUUCAUCCUCCUCUUCCUCUGCAGAGCGUAAAGACAGGGAGAGGCACCCGAGGCCAACAAAGAGGCCUCGACCCUCCAGAACAUCCCCCACAUCUCGCAGUCUGAUGCCCAACCAGAAUCCACCAGUGGCUGGCUACCAGACACGACCCCCCAUUCCCAUCAUCUGUCCCCUGGGCUGCACUUGCAACUUGCACAUCACAGACUUGGGCCUGACCGUCAACUGCAAGGAGAACGGCUUCCUCAACGUGUCUCAGCUCACACCGAGGCCGCUCAAUGGCCGUAAACUGUACCUUAGUGGAAAUUUAAUCCAGAGGAUCUACCACACAGACUUCUGGAAUUUCUCCAGUCUUGAUCUGCUUCACCUGGGAAACAACCGCAUCUCUUACCUCCAGGAGGGGGCUUUCUCCAGCCUGUCAAGCCUGAGGAGCCUCUAUCUGAAUGGGAACAACCUGGAGAGGCUCAGCCCUGACAUGUUCCUGGGGCUGCAGAAUCUAAGGUACCUUUACUUUGAGUACAAUGAGAUCCGUGAGGUAGACCGUGGGAGUUUUGACUCCAUGCCGUCUCUCCAGCUGUUGUUUCUCAACGCCAACCUGCUACGGAGCCUUCCUCUCGGUGUGUUUUCUGGAGUGAACUUGGCACGCCUCAAUCUGAGAAACAACCACCUUCUGCAUCUUCCUAUGGAGGGCGUGCUGGAGCAUCUCACCGGACUGGUACAGGUGGACCUGCAGCAGAACCCAUGGGAGUGCAGCUGUGAAGCAGCUCCACUGAAGCGUUGGCUGGAGGGGCUCAGUGCUGUGGUGGUGGUGGGAGAGGUGGUCUGUCAUUCCCCGGAAAAGACCAAAGGCGUAGACCUCCGCUCCCUCUCCAUGGAGCUGCUCUGCCCUGAGCUGGAACCCCAGGAGGACCAGGAGCAGGAAGAGCAGACAGCCACCUCCACAGCCCCAGACAGAGGUGCAUCGGUUGGCUACCCUGACUCAGGCCUGGGCCCUGUGAUCCCUCCAGGGAAGGAUUCAAUCCCCCUGUCUGUGUUAGUGCUCAGCCUUUUGGUGUUAUUUGUUGCAGCAUUCUUCGCGGCAGCAGCACUAAUCGCCUAUGCCCUGAGGAGGAGGGACAAGCUGCCGUUCCGUCGCCAGGGAGAGGUAGACUUGGCUGGCAUCCAGAUGGAGUGUGAAAUCUUCACCGAGCAGACGCACCACCACCACCAUCACCACGGCCUACCAGAGACGCCGCCUCUACCUCCACCCGAACACAACCACGUCUACGACACCAUAUUGACCCCAGGCGCUGCAUCGAAAGGUCCCAACCCCACUGCAACCUCACACAUGUGUAGCAACGCCAUCUACAAAGAGGAGCAGGAUGCAGCGGUGAAACAGCGAUCGCAGCAACACGAGGCUGGAUACUGCUCAGCAGCAGAGAAGGAGAGGGAAUGGACUCUAGAGGUGACCUCGUCACCCAUCAGCACCGUCACGGAGGCGAUGGGACCGCUCGCCGGCCUGCACAGAAAUGGCAUCCUCUGCCCUACAGUCAUCGACAGCCAGGGCCCCACGCCUAAGGUCGAACUAGUGGACUGCCUCUUCAGGCUCCCUGCCCCUGAGUUCAGAGACCUGCCAGACAGGUUCGCGAGGCCACCACCCCGCUACCCUCACCCUCAAGACUCCAAACAGGAAGCCAGACCUGACCAAACACUUGUGGUCACCACUGCCAGCUCCACAGCAGGCAGUAGUAGCAGUCAGAGUGAGCAGGGAGCAGGAGAGCCGAGAGGCAGACUGAGGACCACACCAGACUACAUGGAGGUGCUGGACCGCUCCUACCAGUUUUAACACUCCUCCUCCU